AUGCCGGGCGAUGUCGGCGCAGGUGUGGACGCGCGGUGCCGUUGCAGGUCGGUGAGCAUCGUGGCGCUGGGCACGGAGCGGGAGGCGGCGGCGGGCAGCGCGGGGCAGCCGGGGCUGGUGCGGAGCUACCUGCGGGGCAGCGGCCUGGUGGCCGAGCUGGGCAGCCCCGCGCCCAGCCGGCUCCGGGCGCGCAUCCUGGGCGGCGUGCCGCUGGAGGUCCACGAGUGUCCGCGAUGGGAUAUAUUUGACAGCGACUGGUACACCUCUCGCAGUCUUAUUGGAGGAGCUGAUAUUAUUGUGAUUAAAUACUCUGUCAACGACAAGACUUUGUUUCAAGAAAUAAAAGACAGUUAUGUCCCAAUGAUAAAAAAGGCAUUAAACCACUGUUCAAUUCCAGUAAUAAUUUCUGCUAUUGGUGCAAGAAAAAACUCUGUGCCCUGUACCUGCCCGCUAUGCACCUCGGACCGUGGGAGCUGUGUUACCACCUCCGAGGGGCUCCAGCUUGCUAAGGAGUUCGGAGCUACUUACCUUGAGCUGCACACUCUUAACGACUUCUAUAUCCAGAAGUAUUUUGGGGGUGUGCUGGAAUAUUUUAUGAUCCAAAGUUUGAAUCAGAAGUCAUCUGAAAAAAUGAAGAAAAGAAAAAAGACCCAGAAGUGCCAUCGAGUGCAACCCCCUCAGCUUGAACAGCCAGAAAAAUUGCCGAUCUUAAAAGGCGAGGCCUCGCAUUAUGACUCUGACAUGCACAACUUGCUGUUCUGCUGCCAGUGUGCGGACGUGGCCUUUUACUCAGAAGACUUCAGCAAGGUGAUGGAGGCUCACAAGGUCAUCCUGUGCUCCGUGAGCCAGGUCUUCAUGCUGCUCUUCAACGUGAAGAGCCCUGCGGACAUCCACGACUCCUCCAUCGUGCGGACAGCACAGAGCCUCUUUGCGGUAGACACUGGGGCCAGGCUGCUGGUUCCUUGCGGCGCCACAGAACCCAGCCCCCCAGCCAGGGUGAUUGUUAAGGACUCUGUCUUCUGCUCCUGUCUGUUGGACAUCCUGCACUUCAUCUACUCAGGUGCUUGCCAGUGGGAACGACUAGAAGAGGAUAUAAAAAAGAAGUUGAAGGAUUCUGAAAAAACUGAACAUGUGCUUGAGAAAGUUAAAUGUAUCCUGAAAACUCCAGGGAAGCUAAACAAUUUGAGGGAUGGCAGCUCUCACCAGAUAAAACAGUUGUACAAUACUUCUCUCAGGCUGUUCUUUAAUACGCCUGUCCUGGCGGAUGUCAUCUUCACAAUACAAGGUGCAACUGUACCAGCACACAGAGCAGUUCUGGUAGCUCGCUGUGAGGUAAUGGCAGCUAUGUUUAAUGGUAAUUAUCUAGAAGCAAAUAGUAUUCUGGUUCCAGUGUAUGGGGUUUCCAAAGACACUUUCCUCUCCUUUCUAGAAUAUCUCUAUACCGACUCCUGCUGUCCAGCUAGUAUUCUCCAAGCUAUGUCCCUCUUGAUCUGUGCAGAGAUGUACCAAGUAAUGAGACUCCAGCAUAUCUGUGAGCUGUACAUUAUCACACAGCUUCAGAGCAUGCCUAGUAGAGAACUGGCGACGACAAGUCUCAGUAUUGUUAGCUUGCUCAAAAAAGCUAAGUUUCACAAUUCCAAUUGCCUUUCAACUUGGCUUCUUCAUUUUAUCGCCACUAACUACCUCAUCUUCAGUCAAAAGCCUGAAUUUCAAGAUCUUUCAGUGGAGGAGCGCAAUUUUGUAGAGAUGCACAGAUGGCCAUCCAACAUGUACCUGAAGCAACUUGCCGAAUACAGGAAUUACAUCCACUCUCAGAAAUGUCAUUGCGCAGUAAUGUAA